CCACGGGGCAUCAUCUAUCAAAACCACGCGGCCGAUUAUUUUCAAAACAAAAUCUGGGUUUCGAUUUUCCUGCGUUUUUUUUGUGCCGGGAAACUCGGGAAAACUGUGAAAAGUGGUUUAAGGAAACUUUGCACAAACAGACCGAAAAUGCCUUACGCACGGAAGAAGAUGCACAGUGGAGACACACAUCUGCGGCGCCGUUGGAGGCUGCGGAACCGCAAGAAGGAUUUGGAUGAGGUGGAUGCGGACCUGAAGAAGAAUCCGGAGGAGCUUCUAAAGCAAGAGAUCGACCUGGACAAACCCGGGUUCGCCCAGUUCUACUGUAUACACUGCGCCACCUACUACAUCAACGAUCAAGCACUGCAGGCACACUUCCGGACGAAGGUUCACAAACGCCGGCUGAAGGCGCUGGAGGUGGAACCGUACACCGUGGAAGAUUCGUUGCGAGCGGCCGGCCAGGGUAGCUUCGUGCAGCCACAGAAGCGCAAGAUGGAAACGCAACCCUCGCUCCCGGAAGUCGAAGCAGGCAAGCGGAUCAAAGUGGACAUCAUGAUGGAGGAGGAGAAACCCGCCAAACGGAACCUCUCCAAGGCUACCAAGUAUACCGAUUUCAAGCAAGUGAUGGAAGGCCUCGGCAAAUAGAUGUGAUUUAAUAAACGGAGCGAAAUAAUGUUGACUUUUAUUCCAAAAA